AUGGUUGUUGAACUAGGCAGUGAACCGGGGAAGAUGCAAAAUCAACCAACAGAGAAAGAAGAAGACGAUGAAGGCCCACCACCGGGGUGGCAACCAAUCCCCACUCACCCACCUCCACAGCCACCGCAAUCGCAACCGCCAUUGCCACGUCCAUGUUGGGGUCAGAUGGUUUGCGGUUCUUGUCAUCGCCUGCUUUCAUAUCCACGUGGUGCCAAAUAUGUUAAAUGUUCAUGCUGUCAGACUGUCAACAUUGUAUUAGAAGGUUGUUUAUCUCUCAUUUGCAUUCCUACCAUCUCACUGGAGCGUACCUCUGCUCCAAGUCUCAAUUUUGAAUUUCAUGUUGGAUUAUGGAUUUGA